AUGGCGAAAAGUAUAUUCUUCGUAUGCCUACUGAGCAUCACCGCCCAGGCUUGGGGCGACAGCGAUGAUAAGUUUUUCAAGAAAUAUGCCAUGAUGAAGAUAUAUGAAAGUUGUUUCGGUCCAGAAGUGGUGAAACAAAUUCGCCAAGAAAUGAAGGACGCUUAUAUUAAAUGUUCUACACCGCCAUCUGUCGGUGAGGCGUUGAACGAUCGCAUACCAUCCUUUAUCCUGUCAAACUUAGGCUUUAACACGGAAGCGUCUACGGAGUCUGCAGCGAAGCCAACAGAUGGCGUUGCACUAAAAAAUGACCUACCUCAAGGACUAUUCCCCCAUAAACAAUUGCUUGCAAAUAAUCCCUUCAAACAAGCGCCGUUCCAGCAACCAAUGCCAUAUCCCACUCAAAACCAGUUCAGGCCAUUCCCACAACCAUAUUACCAAUUUCCAUUUAACCCAAUGUUCUAUCCACCUGGAGGCGUGCAGUACAAUCCGUACGCGUACCAACAACCGCAGUUCCAGCAAGGCUACUAUCAACCAUACUAUGCACAAAAUAACAGGAUGUCUCGCAAUGUCCGCGACCGUCUAGAUCUAGAACUGCUGUCAGCUAUGACCGGGCAAGUCAAGCGAGUCCGUAACGUCACAUGCGUGGUGCAGGAACUUGGUUAUAUUGACCAUAAUCUGGAGCCAAAUUACGAAGCAAUCACGAAGAGAAUAAACAGCCUGCCCGUACCCAGCGAGCUGAAGGCAGAUAUUCAGGAAGGCGUCCAAUUCUGUCACAAAUUCUCACAAUGUGUACCAGAGGUUGAACGUACUGCACCAUUAUCCCAAGAACUUAUCAAGCCCAUGUUCUUCUUCCGCUGCUAUAAGCACAAGAAAUUGGAAGCUUGUAUUAUGAAAGACAUCCGCGAACGAUUCGCAUCUGAAGACGAACUGGACACAGACACUGACUUCAGAUCACUAUCCAGGGCAGCGAGGUCAAUCCGGGACGAGCCACUCUCCGACCCGCGGAUAGAAGCUCUCGAUGAAAUGUCCGUAUAUCUCUAUGACUACCUUAGCGGUGGCACCGGGUUCGAUUACGACCUAUAUCUA